UGCCAGCCCCUCACCGCCCCAGGGGCUCUCUCUUCUUAGAGCACCAUCUCUCCUAGGGAGUGUGUGUGCGUGUGUGUGUGUGUGUGUGUGCAUGUGUGUGUGUGUGUGUGUGUGUAGGGAGGGGUCCUUCACCUCCCCAGCCUGGCCUCCGCUUCCCUUUUCCACUUACCUCCGCCCUGAAGCCCCCUCCCCCAGUGAGCGCUCCCAGGAGGUUCCCCCACCCCAGGAGGAACGCCGAGACGCGGCCGUGGGGAAACGUGAAGUUUGUGCGGCUCAAAAUGACGCAAAAAUUCUUGAAGAGCUCUUUGGCGGCGGAUAUCUAGAGAUCAGACCAUGUGAGGGGCCGAGAGUACAAAUACGGCCGCUUGGGCGCAGCUCCCGCACAGGCAGCAGUCGCCCCCGGUGCCUCGAGGGCGCGAGGGUCGCCCCGCCUCGUCGAGCCCCGGGACCAGCCUCCACGGACUCCCGGCAGAGCCCUCCACCCCAUUGAUGUAAAUCUCUGAGGAUCCCACAGAUCGUGCACCAAGAAUUUUGUUCUGGCCCUUGGCAGAUGGGCAUCAGUACCAUCUACUAGACAGCAGGAUGGAGACCACACCUUUAAAUUCACAGAAUGAGCUGUCAGUGUGUAAGGAUGGAGAAGACUGUCAGGAAAAUGGAGUUCUACAGAAGGGUGUCCCCGCCCCUGGGGAUAAGGCGGAGUCCAGCCAGAUCUCCAAUGGGUACUCAGCAGUUCCGAGCCCCAGUGCAGGAGAAGACACUCAGCACUCCAUCCCGGCUGCCACCACCACCCUAGUGGCUGAGGUUCACCAAGGGGAACGGGAGACCUGGAGCAAGAAGAUGGAUUUCCUCUUGUCGGUCAUUGGCUAUGCUGUGGACCUGGGCAACGUCUGGCGCUUUCCCUACAUAUGCUACCAGAAUGGAGGGGGGGCAUUCCUCCUCCCCUACACCAUCAUGACCAUUUUCGGGGGGAUCCCGCUCUUCUAUAUGGAGCUCGCGCUGGGCCAGUACCACCGAAACGGAUGCAUUUCCAUAUGGAGGAAAAUCUGCCCGAUUUUCAAAGGGAUCGGGUACGCCAUCUGCAUCAUUGCCUUUUACAUCGCCUCCUACUACAACACCAUCAUGGCCUGGGCGCUCUACUACCUCAUCUCCUCCUUCACCAACCGGCUGCCCUGGACCAGCUGCGAGAACUCCUGGAACACCGGCAACUGCACCAACUACUUCUCCGAGGGCAACGUCACCUGGACGCUCCACUCCACCUCCCCUGCAGAGGAAUUUUACACGCGCCACGUGCUGCAGAUCCACCGGUCUAAGGGACUCCAGGACCUGGGGGGCAUCAGCUGGCAGCUUGCCCUCUGCAUCAUGCUGAUCUUCACUGUGAUCUACUUUAGCAUCUGGAAAGGUGUCAAAACAUCUGGCAAGGUGGUGUGGGUGACUGCCACCUUUCCUUACAUCAUCCUUUUGGUCCUGCUGGUGAGGGGCGCCACCCUCCCUGGAGCCUGGAGGGGUGUUCUCUACUACUUGAAACCCAACUGGCAGAAACUGCUGGAGACCGGGGUGUGGGUGGAUGCUGCCGCUCAGAUCUUCUUCUCUCUUGGUCCUGGCUUUGGGGUCCUACUGGCUUUCGCUAGCUACAACAAAUUCAACAACAACUGUUAUCAAGACGCCCUGGUGACCAGCGUGGUGAACUGCAUGACGAGCUUCGUUUCAGGUUUUGUCAUUUUCACGGUGCUUGGCUAUAUGGCUGAGAUGAGGAAGGAAGAUGUGUCCGAGGUGGCCAAAGAUGCAGGCCCCAGCCUCCUCUUCAUCACAUACGCAGAAGCCAUAGCCAACAUGCCGGCGUCCACGUUCUUUGCCAUCAUCUUCUUCUUGAUGUUGAUCACUCUGGGCUUGGAUAGCACGUUUGCAGGCUUGGAGGGGGUGAUCACAGCUGUGCUGGAUGAGUUUCCACACAUCUGGGCCAAGCGCCGGGAGUUGCUUGUGCUCUGUGUGGUCGUUACCUGCUUCUUCGGGUCCCUGGUCACCCUGACUUUUGGAGGGGCCUACGUGGUGAAGCUGCUGGAGGAAUACGCCACGGGGCCCGCUGUGCUCACGGUCGUGCUGAUAGAGGCAGUCGCCGUGUGCUGGUUCUAUGGCAUCACUCAGUUCUGCAGCGACGUGAAGGAAAUGCUGGGCUUCAGCCCUGGCUGGUUUUGGAGGAUCUGCUGGGUAGCCGUCAGCCCUCUGUUUCUCCUGUUCAUCAUUUGCAGUUUUUUGAUGAGCCCGCCACAGCUGCGACUUUUCCAGUAUACUUAUCCUCACUGGAGUGUCAUCCUGGGUUACUGCAUAGGGACCUCGUCUUUCAUUUGCAUCCCCACCUACAUCACAUACCGGCUGAUCGUCACUCCGGGGACACUGAAGGAACGUAUUAUUAAAAGUAUCACUCCAGAAACACCAACAGAAAUUCCCUGUGGGGACAUCCGCUUGAAUGCCAUUUAAAACCUUCAACAAGAGGAAAACAGCUCCCCAAACCUCCUCCUCCAGUUCUGACAAGUCACGCCUCGCCUUCUUCCUCUGUCAACAAGUUUCCAGCUAAGCCUGACAAUGGAAAGGCCGUCUUCACAGAGACACAGUUUCAAAAGACUACGGUACCCAGACUCCUAAGGCCCCCAGCUAUGUCUUUCUGUGAAAUCUCCUGGAUGUUUUACCAUGUUAGACUCUGUGAUGCAGCUGAACUGGACUAGUUUGGAUGCAUGAUCAUGUGUAUGGAAGUGAUGAAAACCACCAUAUAAUCGGUUAGGAUUAGGUUUAGAAUAAAGUCUGUGAACCUCU